AUUCUCCAUAUACUAGUUAAAUAUAACAAGUUUGUGUCGCAAUUUAUUACUCGUCGCUUACCGUAACCGCGCGCACAUACGUAUACAUGAUACGCUCGAAGUGUAUAUAAAAGUAGAAAAAAAUUCUAUACAUGUAUGACGUCGAAUAUUUUCAAACUUGGAUCUUCGAUCGAUCGUCGAUCGAUCGUCGAUCGAUCGUCGAAACUUUUGUAAUGGUUUUUGCUCCAUGUAUUCUUUCUAUUCUCCAUGUAUUCUUUGUCCGCUUGUGUAUAGUUUUCCAUCCUAUCUUAUCAUGUAUUACAUUUGUAAUUUUGAUUGACAACAAUAGUAUUGAUUCUUACCUGUUUUUAUACAUGCCUCGAUAAUAAUUCAAUAGAAAUAAUAACGUAUUAGCGACUGUAAACACAUUUCCCGUUGAGAGUAGCGACAUUUAAGUACGACCUAGGAAGGACCUUUAACGAUAAUAUUAAAGAGUAUGAAACCAGUUCUUAUUCCCCGUCUUCGAGUACGAGAAAGUUGUUCCACUCGAGUGGCUCAAGCGUACGAAUCGUCGAUAUAGUUGUAGACGAAAUAAAUUUUCUAACUGGGAACAAUGUCGCAGAAUGAUACGAGCGAAGAUGAGACUGGUUUACGGACUCCGAUGUUCCUGAGGAAAGGAUCUAGAUGUAGUCGCGGUACACCAGGCACACCAUCUUCUAUUUCAAGCUCUGUUAUAUUCGGUCCAAUUCCCGACGAAGUUCUACGCGUUUGGAGUCAAUUACCCGAAGCGAUUCGUUUAGAUCCUAGCUUAGCGAUUUUUCAAAAAGAGUACGAUAGGAUUCAUCAAACCGACAGAAGGUUUAUAUCUAACUUGACGAAUUUAAAUAUAUCAAAUCGAUCGUGUGUGUGUGUGUGUAUAUAUAUAUAUACAUAUUUUUUUUUGUUUUAUCACUCAUUCACCACGUUUGUUAGAUGCUCCGAUACAAAGAGAGAUUGUUUAGUAGUAAAUAUGUCUCUUGGUACACAAUCGGCGCCACCCAUAAGAACGCAACAAAAUAUUUGCGAAGAGGAUGGAACGCACGAUAUUACGCAGGACCAAGACCAAACGCAUGAAAAACAAAAGCCAUUUUAUCGUUAUAGCAAAUUAAUAGCUCUCUCUUGUUGUUGGCUAAUAUUUACUGUGAUAUUAAUGGUCAAGAACGAGAAAGUGGAAAAAAUGCAUCAGAUUUCCAUUCCCAGCAACGAAAUUCGACAUUAUAAAUUGCAAGGUUUGGUCGAAAGUAAACGGAUCAGCAUUAGAGUAGAAGGUUCGUUGCUGCCUCCAAUUAAAGAAGAUCUUAACUUAAAUUUAUCAAAUCAUCAUUUAACGAUAUGGUUGAGCUUAUCGAUCAACGAGUAUAAUGAUUCAACUGGUCUACAUGAAUGUAAUGUUCGUUCAGAGAAUAUAAGCGAUUAUUGGAUUUUACCUGUACUUCCAGAAAAUUUAAUGGAUUUGUUUCCUGAUCAAAAGCAUCAAAAAGUCUUUGAAUUAGAUAAUGUUGAUAAAGAAUUGGUAGAGAAUGCAAUAUCUAUAAAUUUACGUACAAAUUUAGAACAUAGUUUCCCACUUUCAAUUGCCUAUGAUUUAUCUUCGAUAAAUACGGACGAUGGUAUACCGUACGCUGCGGUCGUUUUAUUUGGUCUAUAUGUGUUGAUAGUAUUUGAGAUCGUCCACAGAGCUUUGGCUGCGAUGCUAGCAUCAACUAUGUCUGUGGCAAUAUUAGCUGCAUUUAAUGAGAGACCAAAUAUGACAGAAUUAAUUUCUUGGAUUGAUGUAGAUACAUUACUACUAUUAUUUUCCAUGAUGGUUCUUGUUGCUAUUGUCGCGGAAACAGGAAUAUUCGAUUGGUUAGCCGUUUAUGCUUACAGGAUAACUGGAGGUAAAUUAUGGCCAUUGGUGAAUACUUUAUGUUUCUUUACCACAUUUAUCUCAUCGUUUCUGGAUAAUGUUACAACAGUGUUAUUGAUGACUCCAGUUACGAUCAGACUCUGUGAAGUAAUGGAAUUAAAUCCAGUACCUAUAUUAACAGCAAUGGUAGUUUAUUCCAACAUAGGUGGUGCCAUUACACCAGUAGGUGACCCACCAAAUGUUAUCAUUGCCUCUAAUCGUGAUGUUAUUGAUGCUGGAGUAGAUUUCAGUACGUUUACAUUGCAUAUGAGCAUUGGUGUAAUACUAGUAUUGAUCGUAGUAUAUGCUCAAUUGCGUUUCAUUUUUCGUGAUAAAGCAGUUUUAAGUUUCGAUGAACCACAAGAUGUACAGGAACUUAGACAUGAGAUAGCAAUCUGGCAAAGAGCUGCGGCAAGCCUAUCGAGUUAUAGUAAAGAUGAAAAUUUAGUAAGAGAAACUCUAUUAAAGAAAGUACAACGCUUACUUACGCAACUUAAAAAAAAGCUGAUGACUGGUAGCGCUGCUUUUGAAAAGUAUAAAACUACGCUAGAAGAACUACAGGAAAAAUAUCCUAUAAGAGACAAGUGGUUGUUAGUCAAGUCAGGAUUUACACUAGUGUUCGUUAUUACGUUAUUCUUCCUUCAUAGUGUACCCGGUAUGAAUUUAUCAUUAGGCUGGACUGCAUUAUUAGGUGUACUUUUGUUACUAAUAUUAGCAGAUAGUGAAGAUUUGGAUGGACUAAUGGCUAGAGUCGAAUGGAGCACUUUGUUAUUCUUUGCUUCGUUGUUUAUACUUAUGGAAGCUUUGUCACGUUUGGGUCUUAUUGCCUGGAUAGGAAAGCAAACUGAAAAAAUUAUUCUAUCUGUUAACGAAGAAUCUCGUUUGGCCGUAGCUAUACUUUUAAUCUUGUGGGUAUCAGCAUUUGCAAGCGCAUUUGUUGAUAAUGUACCAUUGAGCACAAUGAUGGUAAGAAUUGCAAUAAACUUAGCUAAAAAUCAUGAACUUAGAUUACCUCUACAACCUUUAAUUUGGGCAUUAGCUUUUGGUGCUUGCAUGGGAGGAAAUGGAACUUUGAUUGGAGCUACUGCAAAUGUUGUCUGUGCAGGAGUAGCUGAACAGCAUGGAUAUAGAUUCACUUUUAUGCAAUUUUUAAAAGUUGGCUUUCCUGUGAUGAUUACAAGCACUAUGACAGUAACUAUGUACUUAAUGAUCUCUCAUGUUAUUUUUGCUUGGAAUGGAAUGUAGAUGUUCUCUUUGUAGAAGUACGAAGAACUAUAACUUUAAACUGUAAUUGUUCAUAAUUGUACUACUAUACGUACUACUUUAAUGUUUUAAUGUUUCUGUAACAAACGUUCGUUGCAUCAGGAUAUUCUUAAUGCAGAAAAUCAUAUACAAAAAAUAUAUGAAUAUAUUUAAUAAAAUCAAGAGAAAAUAAAUAUUUUAUAUAUUGAUAAUAA